CUGCCUGCAUGCGAACAAUGUUGUUAUGCGUGAGCAUUGUGUCAUGAGUUCAUUUGAGUUAAGUUAAGCGGCAGAACCGACAGUUUCUGUGCAAAGCAGAAGCACUGCUCACUUUUUUCGGGAAGAUCUUUCUGUGUGCAAGAAAAUACCAUAAUGGCUAAAUAUGCAACGAGAAGAUGGCCUAGUUGGUUGCUUUGCUUCGGAAAGGUUGCAAUGGAUCCCGCCGAAGACGAAGGCUUUGAGAAACAUUUUCCAAAUAUCGGACUAACUGCACAGGCUUCGACCUCGUCAGCCUUUGAAUCUGCAGAGGCAAGACCAGAGAAAAUCCCAGUAACGGCAAGGAUGUUUGCAGAAAGUGUCAACGGAUUUUCAAGUCAGUACGGAGGGGAGAAUUCUCGAGGCUAUACUGCAGCAAAUCUUGCAGGAGAGUCGUACAGAUAUCCUAGCUAUGGAGAUUUCACAGAGGCCUGUGUUAUGAGAACAUAUGGUCCCUGGUGGUGUGAGGCUCCCUCUGCACCAAUUCAAAUUGGCAGAAAAGAGGAAUGGUUUCUGGCAGAAGAUUUCAUAGACUUGUACUACCCGAAUACUGUGAAUCCUGAAAGAAUUGAUAUAUACGAAACAUACAAUCCUGGCUCUGUCGUUAGGAUAUUGGCUUGUAACAAAGCUCCACACGAGUCUUUCAUAGAUGGCGAUAGUGUAUGCUGGGAAGUGCUGUGGAGUGGACCUCCUGUGAAACUGGCACCGCAAGCAAGGCUGUUUUCACCACCUAUAAAGACACCAAGUUUUGCCACGAGGUUAAUUCGCAUUGAACUAAACCAGUCUCUGUGUGAAUAUUACACUGAACUUGAUGCAGUUUACAUGACUGGUACAAGCUCACAACUGGACUCAGCUAUGCAGAGGUCGGUAGAUGACGCGUUAGAAUAUCUGGACAUUGGCAAAUUAUCAAUCACAGAUUCAUCAGAGCCUGCUGAGAAUGGUAUAAUUGAUACUGAUUCAAAGGUUCCAGAAAUGGACAGAGAAUGUAGCGGACUGUUUCGGUUUAUUCCUGAUGAAGUUAUAAGCCAUCUUUUAACAUAUUUAACGUUUAGGGAUUUGGGAGCCUUGGCGCAAUGUUGCAGAUUUUUGAGAUCUCUUUGUUAUGAUCCCUUAUUUUACAAAGAAUUAAAUUUGAAGCCUUUCUGGUCAAAGAUAUCCAAUAAAAGUUUAGAAGGAUUAAUAACGAGAUGUCGCCAUAUUGAAAAACUUGACAUGUCUUGGUUAGGCCCGCUUGGUGCAAUAUCUGUUCCUGUCUUCAAUAAGUUUCUUACAACAUGUGGCUCCGAACUCACCCAUCUACGCCUAUCAGCUUGCGAUUUUUUAAAUGAAAAUUCGGUUGGGACGAUCACAACUGUAUGCACAAAUCUUUUAGAGCUUAACUUGGCAUCAUGCAACUUCGAGCGACCUGAAUAUCUUUCUUGUAUAAAGAAUCUAAAGAAGCUGCGUAAUCUAAACUUGUAUCGCAUUCCUAUACCAGAUUCGAUACUGGCAUCUAUUUUUAUGAAUUGUUCCAAUUUAGAGUUCUUAAAUCUUGGAAGUAAUACUGCAAUUUCAAAUGGGAAUGAUGUUUUGGAAAAUCUUGGGAGCUAUUGCAAAAACCUACGUGGUCUUGAUUUAUGGAGGUGUAAAACUGUUGACGCAAGAGGCAUCAUCUCAUUAUGUGAGUCAUGCCCUGGUAUUGAAGAGCUUGAUUUUGGUUGGUGUGCUAGCAUCAAGUCUAAUGGACAAGCUGUUAUAAAAGUUGCCGAAUCAUGUCCAAAAUUGAAGAAACUUUUCCUGACUGCAGUAAGAAGUACCAGUGAUGAAGAUGUUGAUGCCUUGGCGAAGAAUUCAUUAGAGCUGGAACAGUUUGAUAUGCUAGGGACGGCCAAUGUGCAUCCCAGCUCGGUUUUUAGGCUCCUUUCGAAUUGUAUAAAUUUAAAGAUGUUGGAUGUUUCUUUCUGUUCGAGCAUCGAUGUUGAGACGAUCAAUCAGUGGCACAAACAGUUUCCCCGAGUAUCAAUCAAAAAGAGCUUUACAAGCUGAAGUGAAUGGCAAAUCCAACUUCGCAACACUGUGGUUAAGCACCACAUCGAGGCUAGAAAGCUGCUUUCCCACCUGGCAUUGUAUUUUGUUGUGUCAUUAAAAUCGAAAAUAAUUUCGUUCUGAAAUCAAUAGAUCACACGAAUAUAAAAUUUUGUUUGACAAAAUCAAAUUGACGAUGACAGAGUUAAAAUUUUCUUUACAUCAAUAUUGUAAGUUUUGUUUCAAUGUACUGUAAUAUUUUUAUUCUUUAAUCAUUAAAUAAUUUUCAGUGAUAAAUUUUGGGAUUUCGUUGAUAUUUGACUCCAUACAUGACGUCAUACAUGUCAAACAGCCUACUUGAAAAGAUAAAGUUGUUCUCGUUAGAAAUUUGUCCUGUUGGAAAAGUUUAAACGCAUACUACAGAGUAGAGAGAUUGCUAGAAUAUUUUCCUACAAAAUUUUGCUUGAUUCCCUGCAAAUAAAUCUGCAAAUAGUCCCUGACUUUUUUUUAUCUCAGAUAAUAGUACAGAAUAAAAUUUCUUUUUGACAUUUUUCUGUCGUGAAUCAAUAAAAACUUCAAAAUUUCGAAGUUGAAAAAAAAUAAAAAUUAGCCAAGAUUCCAGUAAUGUUAACAAGUUAGUGCUUGACAUGUCGCUAUGAUAACAGACAUCGUUUGAUUAGUUCUUAUUGUAUAUAUUCAAAUUUUUACUUUAUUUGUUUUAAAAACGACAAACUUUUAAAAAUAGCUUUAGUUUCUAUUUAAGACUUGACAAACUAGAUUCGAGUAAUUGAAUUACCGUAAAUCCUCGAAUUAGCUCAAUGGGGGCUUUUUUAUAUUUUUGGAUGGGGUUUAUUUGAGGGCGACUUAUACGAGGGAGGGGGCUUAUGAAAUUAUCUAGAACAUGCCGCAUAAGAAAUAAUUUUUUAAAUUUAUUUCUUUUACAAUCAAUCCAAUCAAACACAAUGUUGCUAUCGUUACUCGGAAAGGAAAGCGAGAAAUUGGUUUGGUUGUCCCAGUGAAGUUUAAUACAGAGAGCAAGAACAAUAACAUAAACAUAACAUAAGAAAUGCUGUAAUGUAGGCUAUAAGCCUGUUACAGAUCGCUUCUAAUCUAAUUGUUGUUGUUGGUAGGGGAUGCUCCUGAAAAACAUGCAAGUUAAAACAUUGGAGUCCAUGCGCAAUGGAAAGAAACCCAUUGGAUGAAAACGAAUCAAAGCUUGGAAAAUUUGAAUGUAUGACGUGUCUCAGUUUUUCCGGAACAUCCCCUUGCCCAGAUAUUGGUGACAAAACUGCUUGAAAAGCAAAAUUUAUCUGGAACUCGCUGUGCAUAAUGAAGAAGACAUUAUAAGAAGACCUCGUAUAUUUUAGUAAGAAUUUCUUUAUGAAAAUUUAAUUAAUUCUUACCAAGAGUAUAAAUUUUUGUGGUACUUCAAUAAACGCCAAAGGCAACCUCAGAUGGCAAAGAUCAACCAGUCGAGGGGGCUUAUUCAAGGAUUUACGAUAGAAGUGGGGGCUUAUUGACAAUUAGUAGUUCAAGAGUGUGGGCUUAUUCAAGGGGGGCUUUUUCGAAGGGGGACGUUAAUUCAAGGAUUUACCGUAAAUGUAUACAUACGAAGAUUUUGGUUAAAGAUGAUCUUCUUCAUUACCUUAACUUCAUAUCCUUUAUUAUGUUGCUAAAAGACCAUUGCUAGUCUUCAAGUCAUAGAUCCGGUAGAGCAUAUUUGUACUUAGUUUGUGCAUAGAUAAUUGUGAUUGACAUACCCUCACCAGAACCUGUCUGUUGUUAUCGCCUUUACAUUGUAUUUAAAUAAUAAUAUAAAUGAAUUUAUUUUGCACUGAGU